AUGCUUAGACCAAGCUCAGUCCAAGACAAUGAAAAAGUUGAACUUGAAAAUGUUUACCAAAACAUACAACGUUCUCAACGAAGAAACGCAAAAUACUUCAGAGGAAAUAGGAAAGUAUGUUUUAAUAUUGACCAAAUUGUGUUGGUUAAAGAUUAUCGCGAUAAACAAGUAACUUGGUGUAAAGGACAAGUUGUUAAAAUUUUAGGGAAAAACGUUUACGUUGUUCGACCACUAGAUUCAAAUUUCCUUUGGAAAAGACAUACUAAUCAGAUCAGAGAACUAAAUGAUGAUUAUUCGUUGGUCUACCCACCCUGCGUGGAGCUACCGCACACUGUAAACGUUUUUUCCAAUAGUGAUGGCGCCAGCAAUACUUCUGCCGGUAGUUCGGUUGAUGAUGUGUUUGUGGAUGCCGGAAUCGCGGAUAGUGAACGCGUGGAUGUCAGUGACUCGGAUUCUAGCUCCAUUGGUGAACAGGCUGAACUUACACGACCCAUACGUAUCCGUAAGGUACCGGAUAGGCUCCAAUACUAA